AGUAAGAAAAAAAAAGGGGAAAAGGAAACCGGGGGGCGCCUCGCCCUCACGGCAAGGAAAUUUCCCACCUCCACCAAUCUCCCAAUCUCCUCCCCGCACAAAUCUCUCCGCCUCCCCCUCCCCCACCCCCUCCCCUCCCCCGCCGCAUUGCUCCCCGUGCACCGCCGGACCCCACUCGCCCCACAGGCCUGCGAGACGGCGCGCAGGAAGAGCGGGCGGGCGGCGGCGGCGGAGGCGGGCAGGGUAGCAUGUGCGACCUCGUGGCCCGCACGGGGCGCCACCAGCAGCGGUACGAAGACGGCAGACGGCUCGUCGCCGGGUGCAUACCAUUCAGGUAUAGAGCUGAUGAAACUUCUGGUGAUGAACAGAAAAAAGUUGUUGAAGUUCUCAUGAUAAACUCCCAAAGCGGACCAGGUUUAUUAUUCCCCAAGGGAGGAUGGGAGAACGAUGAAACGGUUGAACAAGCAGCUGCUCGAGAAGCUAUAGAAGAAGCUGGAGUUCGAGGAGAUAUAGUGCAAUUUCUAGGUUUCUACGAUUUCAAGAGCAAGACGCAUCAGGACGCGUGCUGCCCCGAGGGCAUGUGCAGAGCGGCAGUGUUUGCGCUGCACGUGAAGGAGGAGCUGGCCUCAUGGCCCGAGCAGAGCACCCGCCGGAGGACCUGGCUGACGGUCCCCGAAGCCACGUCACAAUGUCGAUACCAGUGGAUGCAAGAGGCCUUGCUGACGGGCUUCUCUGAGUGGCAUGACAACUGGAGCAAAGGCGGCAGUGCAGGUGGCGACCCAAUCUAAACGCAAGAAGGCGUCCUCCUCUGUCGUCUCUCGCUUUCCUUUGCCUUCUCCUCUGUUCUCCCCUCUAGGCCCCAACCUUGCACGCAAAUUGCAAUAAUACAGUGUGGUGCUUUUACUUGAUGAUGCCUAGUAGGUCAUUGACCCUUGGUUCCUGGGAUUGAAGUCUUAGCGUAGUGGUAUAUCUCAUCGAAGACGAGAAUUAUCACAAAUUUUAAGUGUCUGAUUCUCGCCGCGUCA